GGAGGCUGGCCAUGAUGGCGGCCCUGUACCACAGCACGGACCCCUCAGGCUUCUCCUCCUCCUCCUCCUCCCCGAACAAGCUGCUGGCGCUCAAGGACGUGAGGGAGGUGAAGGAGGACACCACCUUGGACGAGAAGCUCUUCCUGCUGGCCUGCGACAAGGGUGAUUAUUACAUGGUUAAAAAGCUCUUGGAGGAAAACAGCGCCGGAGACAUGAACAUAAAUUGCGUAGAUGUGCUUGGGAGGAAUGCGGUCACCAUAACCAUUGAAAAUGAAAACCUGGAUAUUCUACAGCUACUUUUGGACUAUGGAUGUCAGUCCACAGAUGCACUUUUGGUGGCUAUCGACUCUGAAGUAGUAGGAGCCGUUGAUAUAUUACUUAAUCACCGACCAAAACGAUCAUCAAGACCAACCAUUGUAAAACUAAUGGAGAGAAUUCAGAACCCCGAGUACUCCACCACCAUGGAUGUUGCUCCUGUAAUUUUAGCUGCCCACCGUAACAACUAUGAGAUUCUGACAAUGCUGUUGAAACAAGAUAUAUCACUACCUAAACCUCAUGCGGUGGGUUGUGAGUGCACACUGUGCACUGCAAAGAACAAAAAGGACAGCCUCCGACAUUCCAGGUUCCGCCUUGAUAUAUAUCGAUGCUUGGCCAGCCCUGCCCUGAUCAUGUUAACAGAAGAAGAUCCGAUUCUCAGAGCCUUUGAACUCAGUGCAGAUCUAAAAGAGCUAAGUCUUGUAGAGGUGGAAUUCAGGAAUGAUUAUGAGGAACUCGCCCAGCAGUGUAAAAUGUUUGCUAAAGAUUUGCUUGCCCAGGCCCGGAAUUCACGGGAGCUGGAAGUUAUCCUCAACCACACGGCAAGUGAUGAGCCAGUUGACAAGCGAGGAUUAUUGGAAGAAAGAAUGAACCUGAGUCGCCUAAAACUUGCUAUCAAGUACAACCAGAAGGAGUUUGUCUCUCAGUCUAAUUGCCAGCAGUUCCUCAACACUGUUUGGUUUGGACAGAUGGCAGGUUACCGACGCAAGCACACCUGUAAGAAGAUUUUGACUGUUUUGACAGUUGGCCUCUUCUGGCCAGUUCUUUCACUGUGCUACUUGGUAGCUCCCAAGUCUCGAGUGGGUCGAAUAAUUCACACACCUUUUAUGAAAUUUAUUAUUCAUGGAGCAUCCUAUUUCACAUUCCUCCUAUUGCUUAAUUUAUACUCACUUGUCUACAAUGAGGAUAAGAAAAACACAAUGGGACCGGCACUUGAGAGAAUAGACUAUCUUCUUAUAAUAUGGCUGAUUGGAAUGGUGUGGUCAGAUGUUAAAAGACUUUGGUAUGAUGGACUGGAAGACUUUUUAGAAGAGUCUCGUAACCAACUCAGCUUUGUCAUGAAUUCACUGUAUCUGGCAACUUUUGCUCUCAAAGUGGUUGCCCAUAACAAGUUUCACAGUUCCCGGGACCGGAAAGACUGGGAAGCGUUCCAUCCAACGCUGGUGGCAGAGGGUCUCUUUGCUUUUGCUAAUGUACUCAGUUACCUUCGUCUCUUUUUCAUGUACACGACCAGCUCCAUCUUGGGCCCACUACAGAUUUCAAUGGGGCAGAUGUUGCAAGACUUUGGGAAGUUCCUCGGGAUGUUCCUGCUUGUGUUGUUUUCAUUCACAAUCGGACUGACCCAGCUAUACGACAAAGGCUUUAGCCCACCCGAAGAGAAGGACUGUGCUGGGAUCUUCUGUGAGCAGCAAAGCAAUGACACGUUUCACUCGUUUAUCGGCACUUGCUUCGCCCUGUUCUGGUACAUCUUCUCCCUGGCCCACGUAGCCAUCUUUGUCACUAGAUUUAGCUAUGGUGAAGAGUUGCAGUCCUUCGUUGGAGCGGUUAUUGUUGGAACGUACAACGUUGUGGUGGUUAUUGUUCUUACGAAGUUGUUAGUGGCGAUGCUUCAUAAAAGCUUUCAGCUGAUAGCAAAUCACGAGGACAAAGAAUGGAAAUUUGCUCGGGCGAAGCUGUGGCUUAGCUACUUUGAUGACAAAUGUACCCUGCCUCCACCUUUCAACAUCAUCCCGUCUCCCAAGACCAUCUGCUAUCUCUUCAACAGCCUCAGUAAGUGGAUCUGCUCUCACACGUCGAAAGGCAGGGUUAAACGGCAGAACAGCUUAAAGGAAUGGCGGAAUCUGAAGCAAAAGAGGGAUGAGAACUACCAGAAGGUCAUGUGCUGUUUGGUCCACCGUUACCUGACUUCCAUGAGGCAGAAGAUGCAAAGCACAGACCAGGCGACGGUGGAAAAUCUAAACGAACUGCGUCAGGAUCUAUCAAAAUUCCGCAACGAAAUGAGAGACUUGCUGGGCUUUCGGACCUCUAAGUAUGCUAUGUUUUACCCAAGAAACUAGCCUGUUGCCGAGGCGUGGAAAUUAGAGGGAGGGGGAGGAGGAGGAGGAAGCAGCUCCUUGUUCAAUGGGAAAAUGGCUUGGCCUUGCAUGAGGUGAGACUGAGCUCAGAUUGUACAGGUCACAGUGCGGAAACGAUGGCAAUGCCACCAUUUUAAGGGAUGGGUGAAUGAGUUCCAAGCAGUGAAUUUUAUGUAAGAUCUGUAUAUAGCAUGAGCAGAAUUCCUCCACAUGGGAAUCUUUGCCAGUGUUCCAAAGCAGACCAAUCCUAAUCACAUGUUGCUCUUUCCAGUCCCUUAUUUCGCCUUCAGGCCGUGCCUAAAAAUAAAUGCAGAUUGCUCUUGCUCUUUACAAUCAUCUGAAGAGGGGAACUCUGGGUUUUAGAGAACCUGAUUUUUAAAGGUCGCAUGUCGAAGCUGUUUUAAGGUUCAGCAUUGACCCGGCAGUUCUCCCUGAACUGCGGUCUUCUGUUGGAGCCUUCGGAACCCUCUGCCUUGCCUGAAUCCUGAAACAGAGUAUCAAAGUUCGGAAUGACUUCCUUUAUCAGGUCUGGCUCCUUGCGGAUUUCUUUCGGGGUCACUGGCAGGUCAGUUUUCCACGAUUUUUGUGCACCAAGAGACUCGUUCUACGGUUUUUCACCUGAGCUUCGAUUCUUCGGGUUCUCUUCCAAAAUAUUGCCAGAUUAGAACCGCGCUCCUAUAAGCUUUGUUCCGUGGUGUGGCGUCGGGGCUAUUGGUGAUCACGUCCUGUGAGAAUGGAAUGGGUUCCCAGUCGAUAUUGGAGAGUGAUGUGCAUUGAAAAAGUUUCGGUUCAUUUUGAAUGUGGUUGGAAAAGCCGUGGCGGUCAUCUCGAGGCCGGGCAUGGCGUGAGGUGAUGGUCAACCAUGGGUUUGAGGGGGAGCCCCGAGCUUCAGAGCACUUGCUGAUCUGAAAAUCGUUGAGAGGGAACUCGGGCUUCACUCUUCUUGUCUUUUACAAGCUCCCAGACCAUCCGUGCUCCCUUUCUGGGGGAAUUCUUAACCAACAGUUUAUUGUUAAAUGAUAUAUUUUGUCUACUAGGAAAUUACGCACUUCCCAGCUGGGGUUUAGUAUUAAGAAGUCUUUGUUUUUCUCAGAGAUAUAUCAGCGACCACUACAGUAUUUAUUGAGUGCGUACUGUGUGCAUGAAUUUUUAUGGACUCUGGUUUGAAUGAUAGCUUGUUGUUAGAAAAAAGGGGAAUAAAAUUCUUGACUUUGGGUUAUUGAUGUAAA